AUGACGGGCGCAGAUGAACAGGACCAAUCAGGUCCCCAUGCCCCUUUGCUCGCCUCAUCACACGCCUCUUCAGACCAUGAUGGCAAUGACCACGAGGAGAGCCUGGCCUCUGAGCUGGAAUACUCAGGAGGCUGGUUUAUAUGGGCAUUGACCUUCUCCGCUGGGAUAAGCGGUCUACUAUUUGGAUAUGACACAGGUGUUAUAUCGUCUACUUUGGUGACCAUCGGGUCAGAUCUUUCGGGUCGAUUAUUAACAACACUUGAUAAAAGCCUCAUCACGUCCUGCACCAGUCUAUUCGCGUUGAUCGCGAGCCCGUUCACCGGAGUGCUGGCAGACAAGUUUGGUCGUCGGAAGGUCAUACUUGGCGCAGAUCUAUUGUUUGCACUUGGAGCUUUGAUACAGGCCUUUACAAACCAUGUUUGGGGUAUGAUUCUUGGGCGCAGCAUUGUUGGUCUUGCUGUUGGGAGCGCAAGCGCGGUAACCCCAUUGUACAUAUCCGAGCUAGCUCCUUCACAUGCAAGGGGAAGACUUGUCACGAUCCUCAGUCUGUUCAUCACCGGUGGCCAGGUGGUGGCAUAUAUAGUCGGGUGGCUGUUUUCCAGUACAACUGGAGGCUGGCGGUGGAUUGUGGGAAUUGGGGCACUCCCAGCCUUCUUCCAGCUUGCCAUUCUCGCUCUGCUACCUGAGACGCCUCGAUGGCUGGUCCAGGCUGGGUUCGAUGCCAGGGCGAAGACAGUCCUGACCAAGAUCUAUCAGGAUUGCACUGGGUGUGACCGGGUUGUGGAUCAUGUCUUGCGCAAUAUCAGUGCAGAAAUCGUCCAAGAAGCAUCAGAAAUGGGACCAAUCAAGUCCCGUGGCACAAAGCCCCAGUGGUUACAUGAUACCAUUCAACGGGGUCAGCAGCUGUUGCAUGGUGGGAAUAGAAGAGCAUUGACUAUUGCGAUGAUGCUUCAGGCAGUCCAGCAGCUCUGCGGAUUUAACAGCCUGAUGUACUUUUCGGCGACCAUCUUCUCUUCUCUUUCGUUCUCCUCACCGACACUGAUAUCACUCUCCGUGGCUAUGACGAACUUCAUCUUCACGCUUGUUGCAUUUGUGCUGAUUGACAAGAUCGGUCGCCGGCGUAUUCUUCUGUAUUCAAUUCCUGUCAUGGUUGUUGCUCUGGUCGUUUGUGCUUUCUCAUUUUCGUCAAUGGACGAAAAAUGGAAUUCGGAACCUCCAACUCCAACCGGCCAUCAAGAAACCCACGACAAAGCUAGUUCUCUUGUACCUCUUGCAAUUCUGCUCUGUCUUACUGUCUAUACCGCGGCAUAUGCCCUCGGACUCGGCAAUGUCCCCUGGCAGCAGUCUGAACUCUUCCCUUUGAAUGUACGUUCUUUGGGGUCGGGAUUGGCCACUGCGACUAACUGGGGAUCGAACUUUAUCAUCGGGCUUACGUUCCUGCCUAUGAUGGAAUGGAUCUCACCCUCAUGGACAUUUGCUCUUUAUGCACUCGUCUGUGUGAUCGGGUGGGCUGGUGUAUGGGCGAUUUACCCUGAGAUGAGCGGACUUAGUCUAGAGCAAGUCAAGGGCCUGUUGGCAGAUGGUUGGGGAGUGAGAGAAAGCCUGCAGCGACGUCGCAUUUCGCAGCAUGUAUAG